AUGUCUUUGUCAACCUCCUCGAUCAUAAAUAAUUGCUUAGAUAGGUAUACUUAUCAAAUACAGCACAUAAAAAUGAGAAGACUCAUACAGGGCAUAAAAUUGUUGCCAAAGAUUAUUCAAAGCCAUCUAUCUCAUAAUAUUAUGAGGAGAACACUAUCUUGAGUUCAUCCAAAAUUCAGCCAAGAGCGUUUUAUCAUGGAAUAAAAGAGCUUAUACGACUAAUCGCUAUCUCAAAAUUGAAUCUAAAAUACAUUCAUAAAGAAGAGUAUGGGCCAGAAAGUAAUUAAAAAGGACUUAAAAUCUUCUCCAAAAUGAGGUCCGAAAGAGUUCAGAUCAAGAGCAUAAAAUAGACAAUGCUCAGAAUCAUCGGUGUGAGUAUGAGGACUGCUACUUUGACUAAAGCUUGAAGCAUAAAACUCUGAACUAUUGGAUUAAGAAGAGAUUAGAGUUCAAAGGAUAGAAGAUAAGCCUCAUUUUUAGGGCAGAUUAGGAGAUCAGAGAGUAAUUUAAAACCUAUAUCGGUUAGUUGGUGAUAAAUUUUCCUUACUACUGUUGAUAAGACUAACUGGUAUGUAAUAUUGAGCAAUACCCACCACUAAAAUUUAUAAGUUCAUUUAUAUCCUUCAAAAGAUAAUUAAAAGAAGGGAUGAAAGAC